AUGUCUUCACUUCCCGAUUUACAAUCAACACAGUCUAUUACGAAGUUUCUUCGGACAUCAUCGGAUUUGGAAAAAAUAUUCGAACUCAUUAAGAUCCUUCUCAAAGAUGAUCAUUGUGUCUUACCAAAGAAAGAAUUGUUUAUUAGUCAAUUGUUAGAACAAAAGCUCAAUAAUGAUACAAAUCUGAUACUGACUAAAGCAAACAGAAAGAAGCAAGUCUCCUUCUAUAAAGAGUGGCAGACUUGGGAAGUUUUGAGUACAAUUCUUGACCGAAGUUCUCAAGACUGCUCAUUUGAAGUGAUUCAAUCUCUCAAGUCUAUCAAAUACUUGGAACUUCUAGAUCUUUGUAUGGGCUGUGCUGAAUCUCGUGUCACUACCUCUUUCUUGGAGUUUAUUGAUUUAUUACUACAAAAAAAUUAUUUGGUGACUUCGAAAACUAACAAUGUUCUCGGAAUGUAUUUGAGAGGAUUCAACAAGUUCAUAAGUCAAAUAUCACCAAUACCGUAUCCACAAUUCAAAAUAUUUGAGAAUUUGUUUAAUUAUUUAGUAAAUAAUGGAUCUGUCAAUGUGAAAUUUGCUGAUAGAAAUGUCCUAUCUGUGAAGAGCCACCCAAUUAAGGAAUUUGUCAAGUUUUAUAAAGAUAACUCCCAGUUUCUCGUGGAACACUACAUUGCCAAUGAUCUUCUAAAUAAUCUUGCUUCUUUGGUAGCAAACUCAGAACUUUCAGAUUUCGUGACUCGUUUAAUAAACAUGUUCUGGGAAAAUUCCAUUUCAUUUGAAAUCACAAAUAUGGAUCAAUUCCAGCUUUCCACCCUUGUUAAUCAUUUCAAUUUAUUCAUCGAGAAACUCUAUUCUGAUGAAAACAUCAAAACCAUUUAUACUUUGCUUCUCAGAAAUUUAACGGAAGCUCUUAUUUAUCAUAAUUUUUCUGUUAAUACUGCUAUUGUUAGCGAUACAAAUGGCAAGAUCAUUAAUACUAUUAUCUCUAAUGAUAAAUUGGCGGUGUCAAUUCAUCAACUCGUGGAAAUCAAUAUUUUGGAAACACCAAAAACCAAAUCUGUGAGUUUGAACUCCGAAUUUUUGGAAUCUUUAUAUAAGGCAGAGAUUGGCAAAGUCUUAGAAUUGGAAAAGGUAGAUUUCCUGGUGAUUUCUGAAAAAACUGAUGAAGGUUUAUCAGCGAUUGUUGACUCGAUAGAUAGAAAAAAAUUGAAAACUGUUAAUUUUCAAUUACUCUCCAAGUUGAUGGUUAUGGAAACAGAUUACGCUAUGUCUUUGAAGGAUUGCAUCGAAAAAUAUGGCACGCUUGUUAUUAUUCUUCAUUUCCAGGGUUCACAAUUACUUGAAUCAUCUAUAUUCCUUCCGUGGUUCAAGUUUUACACUAGCAAUUCUUAUUCAUUUAUUCAAAUGCUCGAAUUAUUUCGCAAAAUGGCUGUGGUUUGCAAGUUUCAAAUGGGGGAUUUUAAGCUUUUCCAGGGUCAACUAUUUUCCAGAGUAAGAAUCUUGUCUUUAACCCAACUCGAUAAGGUGCUUCAUUCCACUUUUGAGGCAGCUAUUAACAAGAGUACCAGUGAUUAUUCCAGAGACUCGUAUUUUGUGUUAUUGUGGAUAUUAUUGCGAUACUUAUCUGGCCCAGCUUACGAAAAAUUCAUUAAUAAUCAAAACCAUAAUGCGAUCCUCUUGGGUUUCUUGAAAGAAUUAGUAUCAUCGUUCAAAUUUCUAAGCAACAGUGAAUGGUAUUAUAAAGUUGUUUUUCAAUUAUUAACAAUUUUUAGUGGAGAUGAACUCGAAAACUUGAGUCAAGAUUUGGAGCCAAAAUUUAUCAACAAAGCUUUAAAAGUGAAAAAUGUCAGCUCUGUCAUGGUGGCGUUAAGAUACAUUGAAUGUUUUCCAAAUCUGGUUGCAGUUGGAAAAUUCAACUUGUCUGAGGUAAUUGAAAAAAUUAUAAAGGACGCUAAAAAGAAUGAUAAGACCGAAAUUAUCUUGAUAAUUUUCCAAAGAUUUUUCAAUGUCUUGGCAUUAGUAGAAAAUCAAGAAGCUAUCGAAAAGCUUGUAGAUAUUUUCAUUGAGAAAUACAUUGAAGAUGAAAUUUCCUUUUGGAAUGUCUUAGACAAUCAAUUAUUGUUUGAAGUUCCAUCCGUUAACCACGGAUUAAUCAAAUCAAUAAGUACCAGGAUUCUGAAGGCCAAAUCGGUAUUAAAUCAAAAUCUUCUCAAGGCAAUUCAAAGAAUUCCGAUAGAGUGCUAUAACAGAAUAGAAAAAGUUGAUUUGCUUGACAUCCUACUGAAUCUCAUUUUUGAAGACUCGCUUGAUUUUGAUACUACCAAUGCUGGAAAGUUGGCAAUUUGUCAUCUCCUCAGCUCUCCAACGCACAGAUCGAAGAUUGAAACUGAUGUCAAAUUUUUAGAAAAAUUAUUUGCAUCUGGCUCUGAAGUUGCGAAUGCUGAAAUCGUGAAGCAUGUGGUAGAAAAUCAUCUUAAACAGUAUAAUGAUACUGCGUCAGUCAUCUAUUUGAAUUCCUUGGUUUCAUGGACGGACAAAUGUUUGAAAUCAACUGAGGCUGGUAAAUGGGUAUUUGUGCAAAAUGUUAUUUUGAAUGAUAUCACAAACUAUUAUUCUUUUGAAGAGAAAUUUAAAGCCUUGCAACAGGAAUAUGUGUUAUUUUGCAUUGGUUAUUUGAAAGAAUGUUCGUUAUCCUGGAAAUCCGAAAACUCAACAAAAAAGGCAUCCAGCAAAAAGUCCGUCAAGAAGGGUACAAUUGUUGAUUCCGAGAUUUUAGAAGUUGUAUGCAGAGGAUUAUUUAAUUUGGAAGUGCCGAACGAUACAGCUUUGUCAAUUAGUAAUAUUGAUCUAUCAAUUUUGAAGGACUAUAAUCUACAAAAAUUAAAAACCGGAUUAUUUUCAAUUCUUCCAAAAGUUUCCAAAGCUAUGGAUUUCAAGUUUGUGGCAUACUACAUUAAUUUAUACUUGAUUAUAUCUCAAGACAAUAUUGAUGAUGGAGAUGCUGAUGCUGGUAAGAUAUUAGGUGAUUUAAAUGACGACGUUGCAUCACUAAGUGUUCUUAAAGUCUUGAAUGACAUUGAAGAAGUAGAUUUUGUGAUGCUAUAUACCUACGCCCUACAACUAUUGAAUAACACCAAUAAUAAUAAAGUUGCAAUUAUGGGAUUAUUAGCUAUUUUCCUUAAGUCAUUGAAAUCCCGGUCUAGUGAAUUUGAUAAAUUGGAUAAAACAAAAUUACUCUCUGACACUUUAACUUCAUUCAUGGAAAUGCUUGAUAAUUCUUGCAAAUUUGAUGAGAACAUCCUUUCUUCUAUGGCCAUCAUCAUGAAUUAUUCUAUGGGUGAUGCGAACUUCUUGCUCUCUCAAUACUCAUUUGAGCUCUCCCUUACAAUCUUAUUCAAGAUCAUUCAAAUGAUGUUACAGAGUUCCAGCGUAUUGGUUUAUCAGAAGAUAACAAAAAUUUUGGGGAGAAUUCUUUUGUUAUACCGUUUCAGACUUCGUGGGAGAUACCAUAUCAUCGUGUCGAUAUAUAAUUCUCUCCUUGGUUACCUUGCGAAAGAUUCAAUGGGUGGUAGUUUACAGGACAAGAUUGAAUGUGCCCAUUUGUACAGUCGUGCUUUGGGUAAUUUAGUGCAGCCAAAUGAUCAAGCAGCCAAGAGUAUAACUCGUGGUGGUGGUAGUAACAAUAAUAGUUCCAGUAAUAAGGAAUUGCUCACUUCUAAUGUUAACUUGAUCAAGAAGGAUAUGAGACCUCAUUUGGCCAACAUGAUAUUGCAGUUUGUCAAGUACUCUUUGUCUUUAGGUUUUAGCAAUCAAGUUAGAGACCUUGUGGUUAACCAAGGGAUCUUCUUGAUCCUUGAUACCAUUUCCGCUAGUGAGUUAAGUUUUGUGAACGCCAAUUUGGAUGUCAGUGGCAGAAGUUAUUUCAAGACUGUUUACGAAGAUUACAACAAAUUCGGAAAAUGGAAAGAGUGA